CCAAAAUAGAAACCCUCCUCUUCCUCUUUCUCUCUCAUUUUCUCUCUUCAUUCCUUUUGCGUCUUUCCAAACUUUCCCCACUUUACAGCGCCACCACCAGAUCAGCGAUGUCUGCAAAUGAUAUACAUUUCUCCUCUAAAUUCAUAUAGGCGAAGAGGUUCACAUGCAUAUACAUUUGAGUCUCCAAGCACGUGAUGUGAUUUGAAGAUCUAUUCUGGCUGUACACCCAGAGGCUACAGACACGGUUGUAAACAGCUGAAGCAAGUAUCAUAUUUGAAGGUCUUGUUACGUAGGCUGUUCUUUGUGCAUCUCUACAACAAGAUCCCCUUUUCUUUGAUAUAAAUUUCAUUUCACUCAAAUUCAUGAUUCCCAGCUCAUUUUUGUUGUCAAUAGCCCUUCAGGAACUGCCAGAAGAUGGAUAAUUUGGACAGCAAAGACUCAUCGCAGUGUGUGAGAGUUGCAGUUAAUAUCAGACCUUUAGUGACUGCAGAACUUCUAGUUGGGUGCACUGACUGCAUUACCGUUGUGCCUGGUGAACCACAGGUUCAAAUUGGGUCUCAUGCAUUUACAUUUGACUAUGUCUUUGGCAAUUUGGGAUACCCCUCUUCUCGGAUUUUUGAUGAAUGCGUUGCCCCCAUUGUUGAUGCCCUUUUUCAUGGUUAUAAUGGCACUGUGCUGGCAUAUGGUCAGACUGGGUCAGGAAAAACAUACACAAUGGGAACAAAUUGCAAUGGAGAAGAACACAAUGGUGCAGUCAUUCCUAAGGUGGUGGAAACCAUAUUCUCCAGGAUAGAGAAAACUAGGGACUCCAGUGAAUAUCUUGUUAGAGUAUCUUUUAUUGAGAUAUUCAAGGAGGAAGUGUUUGACUUACUUGAUCCAAGUCCACAUGCUUUUUCUAGAGGAGAAGGGGCAUCUAUAGCAAAGCUUGCUGGACCUGGGAGAGCUGCUAUUCAAAUUAGAGAAACACCAAGUGGGGGAAUAACUCUUGCUGGUGUGACUGAGGCAGAGGUUAAGACAAAAGAAGAGAUGGCUUCAUUUCUACUAUGUGGUUCUUCAUCUCGUGCCACUGGGAGUACAAAUAUGAAUAGUCAAUCAAGCCGUUCACAUGCUAUAUUUACUAUAUCCUUGGAGCAAAAGAAAAUUGUUUCUCGUUCAACUAGAAUUACUCCUGAUGAUGGUGUUGAUGAUAUUCUUUCCGCCAAACUUCAUUUGGUAGACCUGGCUGGUUCUGAAAGAGCGAAGCGAACUGGGGCAGAUGGGAUGCGUUUACGAGAAGGUAUUCACAUUAACAAGGGGCUACUUGCCCUUGGUAAUGUGAUAAGUGCAUUGGGAGACGAGAAAAAGCAGAAAGGAGGCCAUGUUCCGUACCGUGACAGCAAGUUAACUCGCCUCUUACAGGAUUCCCUUGGAGGGAAUUGCAAAACAGUUAUGAUAGCUUGUAUAAGUCCAGCUGAUACAAAUGCAGAAGAGACCCUAAAUACUUUGAAGUAUGCAAAUCGUGCUCGCAAUAUUCAGAACAAAGCAAUUAUCAACCGUGAUCCUAUGACAGCUGAAAUGCAAAGAAUGCGAAGCCAAAUUGAAGAAUUGCAAGCUGAGCUUCUUUUCUUUCGUGGUGACUCCUGUGAAUCAUUUGAGGAACUUCAGAUCCUGAAGCGCAAAAUAUCUUUGCUUGAGGCAAGCAAUGCAGAGUUACAACGGGAACUUCAAGAACGCCGAGUUGCUUGUGAGCAUCUCACACAACGGGCUUUAGAUGCACAGGUUGAGAAGGAUAAAUUGAUUAUGAAAAUUGAAUCUGCUCGAAAUGGUAAAUCUUGGAAUGAGAUUGACUCUCAUUCAGAGCAGGAUUCUGAUUUGGUGAAGAUGUAUGUGUCAAAAAUUCAAGACUUGGAAGGGGAACUGUUGCACUUGCAAAGCUUGAAUGUGUCAAAAGAAUCAAAACAUGGGGAAUUUGUCAUUGAUUGUCAUGAGGUCGAUGAUGAUGAACUUUGCCCAAAAAAUUCAUAUUCUACAAAUCUUGAUGAGCUUUCUGGUGUUGAGACAAAAGACAUUGACGUUAAUGGUGAGGCUGAAGAUGAGGUUAAAGAACUGGAACAUUCUUCUCUUCAAGAAAAAUUGGACAAGGAGCUCAAAGAAUUGGACAAAAAACUUGAGCAGAAGGAGGCUGAAAUGAAGCAGUUUAAGAGUGUUGAUACCUCAGUUCUUAAACAACAUUAUGAGAAGAAAGUUCAUGAGUUGGAGCAUGAGAAAAGGACUCUGCAGAAUGAGAUUGAGGAAUUAAAAUACAAACUAGCAAAUAUUUCAUCUACUUCGGACGAAAGUGCUCAAAAACUGAAGGAGGAUUAUCUUCAAAAGUUAAAUGUCCUUGAAGCGCAGGUUUCAGAGUUGAAGAAAAAACAAGAUGCUCAAGCUCAACUCUUAAGACAAAAACAGAAAAGUGAUGAAGCAUCCAAAAAGUUACAAGAUGAGAUACACAGAAUAAAGACUCAAAAGGUUCAACUCCAACAAAAAAUAAAACAAGAAUCUGAGCAAUUUAGAAUGUGGAAGGCAUUGCGAGAAAAAGAAGUUCUUCAGCUCAAGAAAGAGGGAAGAAGGAAUGAGUAUGAGAUGCACAAGUUACUUGCUCUGAACCAGAGGCAAAAGAUGGUUUUGCAACGAAAGACAGAAGAAGCUGCUAUGGCUACAAAACGACUAAAAGAGCUUUUAGAAUCUCGGAAAGCUUCAGCACGUGAAACAUCUGGCGCUGGAAAUAGCAAUAUUCCUGGAAUUCAGGCACUCGUGCAGACAAUUGAGCAUGAACUGGAAGUUAUGAUACGAGUGCAUGAAGUACGCUCAGAAUAUGAGCGUCAAGUGGAAGAGAGAGCUAGAAUGGCCAAGGAGGUAGCAGCACUGAAAGAAGAAGCACAGAACUUGAAGCAAAUAAAUUUAAGUGGCUGCUCUCAAACAAUGUCUCCUGGUGCAAGAAAUUCAAGGAUUUUUGCACUUGAAAAUAUGCUUGCUACUUCGUCCAAGACCCUUGUUUCCAUGGCGUCACAGUUGUCAGAAGCAGAAGAGCGUGAACGGGCUUUUAGUGGCAGAGGACGUUGGAACCAAGUCCGUUCUCUUGCUGAAGCAAAAAAUAUAAUGAAUUAUCUAUUUAACUUAGCAUCGUCCUCUAGGUACAAAUUACGAGAUAAUGAAGUUGACUGUAGAGAGAAGGAUCUAGAAAUUAGAGAACUGAAGGAAAAGGUAGUCAAUUUGGUUAGACAAUUGGAAAUGCAAAAGGCUGCACUUGCUCACCAGGAGAAGAUGCAGAAAUUUACGAUGAAGAAACAUCCCAAGGAUAUUACUGCAGAAUCGUGGACAUCAACCCAAACUAAUGGAGAAGGGCAUGUUUAUGAUUUAAGGCCGAAGGGAUUGCGAAGCUCCAUGGUCCUUAACAAUGCUGCGAGUCACAUUCAGUUGUUAGAGGACAUGGAUACAUCUGAAUCAGAACACUCUGAGCUGGAUGCAGCCGAUGAUGAAUGGGUUCAUUCUGAUCUGGAUCCAGCUGAUGAUGAUUCUGAGUGGGAGGCUUCAAGAAAGCUUCAAGCUAAGAAAAGGAACUCCAAAAAUGAAGGUCGUUCAGGAACACAGUUACAUUCUGUAGACAGCGACAGCUCUACUAGCUUGAAGGCAAAGCCUUUAGAUGAUGCCUCUAUUUCUGCAACAGAGAAAACUGCAUCUGGAGUUUGCUGCUCAUGUAGUAAAGGUUCUCUGUGUAAGACAACAAGAUGUGAAUGUCGAGCUGUUGGAGGAAAUUGUGGGGUUUCAUGUAGUUGUGCGCCCACUAAAUGCAGCAAUAGAGAAACUCUAAGUAACACCCUUGGUGACUUGCCACAAGUGGAAUUGGAGCACGAUGAUGAAAUAGAAAGGAGCCAUAAUCUUGCUUCUCAUGGUGCAAUGUUACUUCAGAGUGCAUUAGCUGAGAAGCCUGCCCAGACAAAUGAUGAAAAUGGACAUAGAAGGAAGCCUUUAGCUGACAUUGGGAAUACCACGGCUAAAUCAAAUGCACCAAAACCUAGUAGGAGAAAGAAAUGGCGAAAAUCGGUGAUUCAACUUGUUCCUGUAGCCCCAACUUCUCAGGCAGACAGCACAGAGACUGUGAAGAAACUAGAGAGCAGCACGAAUGAGGCUGAAAUCCGUUUACAGUUACCAAGAGCUAUGCGAUCUGCAGCCCCAAAUGGCAACCCCUUGAGAGAGAGGAAUAAUGAACAGCCAGAUUCUUGCAUUGUAAACAAAGAAAGUGGUGCUCCGGCUCCGGCUCCGCCAGGGGAGCAAAAAUUAAGAGAUGAUCAGAAAGAGAACCGGAGCCUUGGACCUAGCUAGUAUCCCUUUUAAAAGAUCAUUAGUAGGAGAUCCAUAUCUCUGUUAAUAUGUAUGACACCAGCUCAAGAAUGAAGAUCAUUGGGUUCAUGUAUCCAGCCAUCUAACAGAGAAGGGUAUUAUUGCCCUAUUGGGAUUGGGGAUUGAUCUGGCUUCUCUGAUUGCCAUUUCAUGCUCUUUCAAUCAUAUAAUUUAAUUGAAUAUCAAACUUCAUUCAGCACUUUCUGCAAUUUUUGUUUGCUAUCGAGCUAUUAUAUAUAUAAUAUAUAUGUUGUACGGAGGAGCUACUAGAGACGUUAAGU